GUGGUGACGUCGGUGCGUGCGGUAACCCACGUGGUCGCGGAGAUAGCCGGGGUCGUCACUCCACGUGUUCCCCCCCCCCACCGUCCAGGCCAUGCUGCUGCUGUUGCCGCAGCUGAGGGCGCUCGGGCACCGUCGCCUGCUGGGUGGCUGCGUGCAGAGGAAGCUGAGCGCGGCGUCCGCGGCGGAGGCGACGAACGACAGCGGCAAGCGCAAGGGUCUGGUGCUGGGCGUGUACGAGGCGGGGGAAGGCGAGGCAGCGGGGCCCCCCCUCUCCCUGUUCACCCCGGCUGGAGAAGCCUUCAGCAGCCGCGUGCCGGGUGGACUGACCCAGCUCAUCCACAGGUCUGGACCUGCUCUGAAGAAAGGCAAAAGCAGAAUAUUCCAUGGUCUGCAUGAGUUCUCCAGCGUCGUCAUUGUUGGACUUGGAAAAAAAUCUGCCCCGAUAAACAAGUUGGAACAGUGGGAUGAGCAGAAGGAAGCCAUUCGUGCAGCUGCGGCAGCUGGGUGCCGGCAGCUGCAGGAGCUCGAGGUCGCGGAGGUGGAGGUGGACCCGUGUGGAGAUGCGCAGGCUGCCGCUGAAGGCUCCGUGCUCGCUCUCUUUCAAUACGACGAGUUCAAGAAGAAGAAGAAAACGCGCGUCGCUGCCAAGCUGCACGGACGUGAGGGAGCAGCGGCGUGGGCCACAGGAGUGGUGUACGCGGAGGGGCAGAACUUAGCCCGUCGGCUUAUGGAAGCUCCGGCCAACCACAUGACACCCGCCAUCUUCGGGCGCGCCAUCCAGGAGCAGCUGUCCUCCCUAAGUACCGUGGAGGUGCACGCGAGGCCACGCGCGUGGAUCGAGGAGCAGCAGAUGGGCGCCUUCCUGAGCGUAACGCGGGGCUCCGAGGAGCCGCCCCUGUUCCUUGAGCUGCACUACCACGGGGCCUCCGCGGGUGGUGGUGCGCCAUCACCCGUUGUAUACGUGGGCAAGGGCGUCACGUUUGACAGUGGUGGCAUCUCACUGAAGCCUUCCUCCGGCAUGGAUGCCAUGAGGGCAGACAUGGGUGGUGCGGCGACCGUUUGCUCAGCCAUUGCCACAGCUGCCAAACUGCAACUGCCAAUUCACAUAAUAGGUUUGGUGCCGCUGUGUGAGAACAUGCCAAGUGGAAAGGCCACGAAACCCGGAGAUGUUGUUGUGGCGAAAAAUGGCAAGACCAUUCAGGUUGACAACACGGAUGCAGAGGGACGUUUGAUAUUGGCGGACGCGCUGUGCUACGCGGAUACGUUCCAGCCACGGGCGGUGCUGGAUGCGGCCACACUUACCGGAGCAAUGAGCGUUGCGUUAGGUUCUGCAGCAACCGGUGUCUUCACCAACUCGGACUGGCUGUGGGCACACUUGAUGGAGGCGAGUGUGCAGACGGGGGACCGCGUGUGGAGGAUGCCUCUUUUCCAGCACUACACCAAACAAAUCGCCGAUUCGCAACUCGCCGACAUCAACAAUGUCGGCAAGUACAGCCGGGCCGGUGGCGCUUGCACGGCCGCUGCCUUCCUGCGGGAGUUCGUGACGGCCAAGCACUGGGCCCACCUGGACAUCGCCGGUGUGAUGGACAACAAGGACGAGGUGCCGUACCUGAGCAAGGGCAUGGCGGGGCGUCCCACACGCACUCUGGUGGAGCUCGCCGCCCGACUCGCCCACCACACGUCCAAUUGAACACCCCCCACGGGGAGAGAUGCGUCCACCAAAUCUGACCAGGCUGGACCGGUUUGCCUCCGAUUUUGUUAAAAAGUGGUUGCAUUUAAAUAUUGUCGACUAAUUCAUACUCGCGCACCACCUAUAUACUGGACCAACUGAGGGCUUUUUUUGUCAGCCCUGCUCAGAAAAAUAUGAAUUGCUUGCAAAAAUGUGCAUUUGUUUAUGCGACUUUAUAAUGGCCAAUAUGUGUUUGAGGUCACAGCUGGAGAAGAUGUUGACUGGUGUGAAUAUAAGUGGAUGGAUUGCAUUUGGGCCAGUCUGUUGAGUGUAAGCGCAAAUUAAGUCCCGACAACGCCGUGCCACAAACUCUAGCCGCCAUCCUAGAGUCCCGGGUGGCUAUUCAAAGCUAUUAAGGAGGGGGAAGUGUGGAACACUGGUAGCCGGAGAUAAAUGUGAGAAAUUGUAGCAUAUUACAUUCUCCUUUUCAUCUGUGAUUUUGGCAGGUGUAAAUUUUGUGUGCUGUUACAGAAAUUACGUAAUAAAUGUGUACUUGAUU